GCGGCGUGCAAUGUAGGAUAUCAAGCAGAUGCUUUCAAAGACCCGACGAACGCAACGCAUCGAUCUCUACUCUAUUCCGGUCUAAAGUUUGUUGAAGCGAUCAGCCAAACUGGAACUUUUACUUUUUAUCAGUCAACUUGAGCUCUUGAAAUGUUAUCCUUUGUGUCAUUCAUGAAAUGAUGUCGUCUUAUCAGACCAGCUAUAAAUCAUCGUGAAGUUUUCCGAGAGGUUUUGAAGCCCACACGAACUUUCCUGUAGUAAUUCUGUCAUCGGUCUUGGAAGUGGAUUGCCUGAAAAUGGAUCGCUUGGGACUCAUAAUCGUAACAAUUUUAACUCUUAUUUCCACAAGACUGAAUAUUGGGAGAGCAAAUACCUUGACAACAUGCACUAAUGUAUAUUCAGAACUCAGUCGACUUCAGUUUAGAUAUUACACGGAAAUACCUCAAAACCCUGUAAAUGCUCAAGAUUUAAAAGUCUGUAGGACGGGGAUGUCCUGUUGUACUGCGUCCCUGGAGAGGGAGCUCAUCAACCAAGCAAAGCUAGACUUUCAUACCAGUCUUCAAACAUCCACCAUGUUCCUCAAGUAUACCCUGGCGACCAGUGCAGUAGAUUUCAGAACUGAAUUUGAGGAUCUUUUGCAGUAUGGAAAAGAGAGGAUUCAACAGCAUUUUAGGACAUUGUAUACUAGUAUUGCCAUCAACAUGAACAGCCCUAUAGAGGAUUUAUUUGGUUCUUUGAUGGACUACCUCCAUGGCAUGGAUGUAAACGUUGAGCAUGCCGUAUCAAGGUUCUUUGACACGCUCUUCCCGCACAUCUAUACCAGUCAUAUAAACAGCAAAGUGACGCGGUUGGACUCGCGGUAUCGCGACUGCCUCUCGAACCAGGCAUCGGUGAUCAUGCCGUUUGGUUUUGCGCACCGGGACCUGGCCAGGAUCCUGGAGAAGUCUCUGAAGGUGGCGAGGAUGUUCCUUGGGACGGUCAACCUGGGUCUGGAGGUGCUGAACUCGACGGAGAACAUGCCCCUGACCCGACGCUGCACCCGCGCCCUGAUGCAGAUGAGGUACUGCGGACAGUGCCAGUCUUUGGUCGGUGUGCCAGCCUGUCAGGGCUUCUGCUUCAAUGUCAUGAAAGGUUGCUUGGCUAACUUCAUGGAUCUGGAUCUGUACUGGAGAGAAUACGUUGCGGUGGUCGUUGACCUGGUCCGUGUUAGUAUGACCGCUGAGUACGACCUCCAUUCGGCCAUGUACACUCUGGAUCAGAAGGUAAUGGCAGCCAUCACAAGGGCCAUAGAGGACAAAGAUUCCAUUAUGCAAGCGGCGAUGAUCACUUGCGGGCCUCCACCCCUCUCAAGACCCUCCCCGUACAACGACUUUGCCAUGAACAACCCUGCAGGAAACAUCCCCAUCGCUCCCAACCCCGCCAUCCCUCUGGACGAGCUCUUACUGCAGUUUGUAGGAAGCCUGGACAGUUCCAAGAGUGUCUUCCGGGACCUUCCCCUCCUCAUGUGCUCCCAGGGAAAUAUGGCCUCCGACAGCAACAGAGACUGCUGGACCGGCGAAACGCAAGGAGUUUAUCGUAAGAUCGUUGUUGAGGAUGGUCUGGCAGCACAGCUACACAACCCGGAAGUCAAGCUAACGUCAAGAGAAAGAGAACUUUUAAAUGCCCUGCAGUUGAUGGACAAACUGGAGCACAAAACAGAGCUCAUUGAGCGAUUUUUGAGGAGUACGGUGGAAGACGCUGGCAUGCUGCCGAUGCCUGGGAGUGGAGACUACUACAGUGGGAGCGGCUCUGAAGAAUUCUCUGGAAGCGGGGAUCUAUCCGGUAGCGGAUCAGGCGAUGGCGUCGAAAACUCAACGCUUCCUCAGUUCUCUUACACAACAGUUACCCCCAAGGAAACAGAUUUCAGUUUCGAGCCCACAUCAAGAGGCGCUGGUGAGACAAGAACGAAAGACCCCAGCGGUCCAACGAGGCGCAUCCCAUACAGACCAGCCACAGACCCAUCCGUUGAAAGAACGAGGAGACCGGACACGCAAGGAGCAGCAUCAUCACUUCAUUCAGUCACACUGCUCUUGACCUCAGCGAUGCUCUGUCUUUCUGUCUUUCUGCAUUUGUGACAUUCUGCUUCUAAGCUAUGACCUGUAUUACGUGGUAUUACAUCCUUGUGUGAAAAAACACUGUCUUUAUAUCAUGACCCCUUUCACACUACCAGGCUGGUGUGAAAGGGGAAUGAAA